AUGAGUUUUGAGUCUCCGGUAUUGCCGAUUCCAGAGAUUCUGGAUUGUUUAAGAGAAUCAGACAUUAUUAUCAGUGAGCAUGACUUCAAAGACCCUAAUGCCCGAAAAUGGCAUGAGGUUUAUUCAAGGAUAUUUGAAAUAAUGGCAUUACGUCCCAUUGAGCAGGCGAUUCAGUCCUUGUUCAAAUUGGAGAAGACCGAAGCAGAGUAUCCAGAAUUAUUUGAGGAAGGCUUUGCUCAGAUGGCUUUCACAAUAUGUCUACGUACAGUUCUGGGCCGAUUUGGAUUUCAGGGUUUCUGCAUCAGAGAUGUCAUUCAGCCAGCUCCCAAGCGGCUACAGAAGAUCGUCAGUGUUUUUAUCAACUCAGCUCGACAUGUGGAGCAUAGAAGACAAGUGGCUCAAGAAAUCUUUGACAGAAUUCAAACCAGAAGAAACACUUGUGAGGCUGUGUUUAACCAGAACAAGAAACUUAAAACUUACCUGGCAGGUGCUAACGAAACUCGACAACAGAGAGAAGCUGAGCUACAUAAGCUGCAGGCAGAGUUUGAAUCAGAGCAGCAGACAUGUUUUGAACUGAAUAAAGUGCAAGAGGAAGAGAGGCGAACUAUAGAGGAGUACAAGUUACGACUGGCUGAGGUCGAAGCUGAGAAAGAGAAUUUAAAACAACAGCUGGCCACAGUGACACAUGAGGUUGAGAAGAUAUCUGGCAAAAUCGUGCAGUCACCUAAACGUUUCCGGAAAGACUUGGAGCGGCACAAAAAUAAAGUUGAGGAGCUGAAGACCGAGCUGGCAAAGAAAGAACAGUCCCUGUCGGAGAAUAGGCUACUGCUGGAACAAACUGCAAAUAAGCUUACAAUAGCAGAGAAAGCUGUGAAACUGACAAAAGAAGUUGCAUCCGAUCGAGAUAAGAAAAGUGAGAUCAUUGCUGACAUACAGAGGCAGGCAGAAGCAUUGCAUGAGCAGAAGGAGCUGUACAACAAAUACUGUAUGCAAGAGGAAGAUGUUGCAGAGAAGCUGAGGGUUCGAGAGGAGCAGAAACAGAAACUGACUAGCCAGAUCGAUGUCAGGGACCAUGCCAUAUACCAGCAGAUCACAGAUCAUCGGCAACAUCAGGAUAAACGGAAACAGAUCGUCCAGAAACUGGAGACAGAAGCAACCCAGGGUGGUCUGGCAACUGUGGCCUGUUACAAGGAGUUGUCCAAUCUGGAGAGGAUUGUGGAGGAGAAAAAAGCUGACCAUCAAAGGGAGAUCGCUGAUGCUGUAGCAGAGGCACUCACUGUGAUGGAGAUGGUGCAUGGACAGUUUGCAAGUUUGAAAUCUACAUUGCUGGAAGAUGAAGACGAAUGA